CAUGGUAAUGGCGCCCGCGUUGAACUCAGCAAGAAGACAAUUAUCUAGCUAGCUAGACUAGGUCAGAAGACACGGUCCUUCACACUAAAAUAUUUGUGGGAUUUAGACAUUUGUCUUCAAAAACAAAAGGGAUUGGAAGAAAAUCGGAUUAUUAUGACAGGGCCGAAGAAGAGUCGCAACGGAGAAGACAUCACCGCAUUUUAGUACGUCGACGGUCAACAUCAGACAGUGAGUGAACAUGCGUGACCUGGCUGCCCAGGUCACCAGCAGCCUGCUGCGUUUCCCGAGGGUGACUGUAGACGCUCUGGGGGAGGAUGAGAUCACCCUGGACUCUGUGCUGCACGGGAAGUUCACCGUCGGUCGCAGCGGGCUGGCCUGGCUGGCAUGUGGGCCUCAGCUGGAGGUGGUCCACGCAGUGACGGGCGAGCGUCUGUCUGCCUACUGCUUUAGCGGUGAGGGGGAGCACCCCCCAGGUGUGCUGACGGCCAGGGAUUUCUCCUGGCUGAAGAGGACGGGGCUGCUGGUGGGUCUGGAGGAGGCCCAGGGUAGCAUGCUGUGUCUCUACGACCUGGGCAUCUCCCGAGUGGUCAAGGCCGUGGUCGUACCGGGCAGGAUCACAGCCAUCGAGCCCCUGGUGAGUUAUGGCGGGGCCAGUGCCAGCACACAGCACCUCCACCAAAGCCUGCGCUGGUUCUUUGGCGUGGCAGCAGUAGUCACGGACCUGGGACACGUCCUCCUGGUGGACCUAUGUCUGGAUGACCUGUCCUGCAGCCAGAGCGAGCUGGAGGCCUCAGACCUGGAGGUAGUGUGUAAGUCCCCGGCUGAGAUCCCCCGGCUGCGCGAGCAGGAGACGCGCCAGGGGAGACACCUCUGUCUGCAGCUGAGCAGCCCCACAGGCACGGGGGCCACGGCCCUGCAGUACAUCCCCCGCACCAACCAGCUGGCCGUGGGUUUCUCCGAUGGAUACCUGCAGCUCUGGAACAUGAAGACGCUCAAGAAGGAGUAUCACUCCCAGCUGGAGGGCGGCAGGGUGCCAGUGUACGCCUUCACCUUCCAGGAGCCGGAGAACGACCCUCGCAACUGCUGCUACCUGUGGGCUGUCCAGUCUUCCCAGGACCUUGAGGGGGAUGUGGUCAGCCUCCACUUGCUCCAGCUAGCCUUCAGUGAGAGGAAGUGUCUGGCCUCAGGAAAGAUCUUCUAUGAGGGUCUGGAGUACUGUGAAGAGAGGUACAGUCAGGAGCUGAGCAGCACAGCCUUCCCUCAGCGGGCUCAGGCCACCAACACCCGCCUGCUCAGCUGCCAGACCAUCGAGAAGUUCCGAAACCACCCAGACAGAGACGAAAGCAUGAAUGAAGUUGCGUCUCCAGACACCAGCGUGUCCAUCUUCAGCUGGCAGGUGAAGGCCUACGGACAGGGCAACCCCUCCACCUACAUCGGUGUUUUUGACAUCAACCGAUGGUACCACGCACAGAUGCCCGACUCUCUGAGAACGGGGGAGUCUCUGCGCAGCUGUCCCUACCUGGCCGUGUGGUCUCUGGACACGGUGGUGGAGAUGACGUCGCCCUGCCCCCUGCUGGACGUCCUGGUGCAUGAGCGCAGCCUGAGCCGUGGCCUGCCCUACACCUGCCCCCCGCCAGAACAGUUCUUCAAACCCACUACAUACAACUUCGAUGCAACAUGUUUGCUCAACACUGGCCUCGUGCACCUAACUUGCUCUGGGUAUCAGAAAGAGACUCUGAGCUUCCUGAAGAAGGCUGUUCCCUGCUCCAGUGACGUAAUCUCAAACAGCUACUCCCGCUGCCUGAUGUCUGGCCUGCUCUCCUCUCGCCUGGCUGACGUGCAGCCCUCCACCCUCUCUCAGGAGGAGCAGUUGGACGCCAUCUUGUCCACGGCAGUAGAGACUAGCUCCCUGGGCCUGAUCACUGGCUGUAUCAAACAGUGGACCGCUGAGGAGCAACCAGGCUCUGCGGUGAACCUGCGCUACAUUCUGGAGUGGGCCUGGGACAAGGUGGUUCACACCAAGGAAGAGCUGGACGGCAUAUGUGCUCCCCUGUUUGACAGCUCGUCUAACUUCACGGACCCCCAGACCCUUCAGCUGCUGCAGCGCAGCCAGAGACUACUGGGGAACCUCAGCACCAUCUUCCACUGUCUGCUGAGCGAGGCACAGGAACUCACUCAGAGAGGUUUGCUGGGACUCAUCAAUAAGAACCUGGUGUCCAGCCUCAUCUCCCAGUACGCCCAGGUGGUCCUCUGGUUCUGUCGGACCGGACUCCUGCCCGAGGGCUCCGAUGAGGACGCUGUGCAGAUCUCCAGGCCGUUCUACAGCUACUCUGUUAUCCAGAAGUACUACACCAUCCGCAGAGAGGAGCUGCAGCAGCUCUCCAAGGGGAAGUGGUGUGCAGAUUGCCUGAUGAUUGACGGCUUGGUCGCCCAAUGCGGGGAUCAUUUGGUUGACCUGUGGAAACGGGACGAGGGUGGGACGGGAAAGUAUCCGCCCCCUACGCUACACGGCCUGCUGGAUAUUUACCUCCUGGAAAACAUUGAUGAAUCUGCUAAGCACGCCAUCGUGAUCUACCUGCUGUUGGAUGUCAUGUACUCCUUCCCCAACAAGAGCGGGGCGUCUGUGGAGUCCUUCCCCACCGCCUUCGCCAUCCCCAUCGGCCUGGUCAAGCUGGUGCAGGGCCUCUGGCUGCUGGACCACCACGACCACCAGAACUCCCUGGAGCUGCUGCUGCACCCGGCCACCUCCCCGUCCCUGUGGGGCUGGCAGCACAGCCGCGUCCUGCAGGCUCUAAUGUGCCAGGGGCAACACGGAAUCGCCCUGCGCUACCUCCACGUCAUGAAGCCCCCUCUCUCCUCCACCGCUCAGGCCCAACUCUGCCUCUCCGUGUUGCUACACAACAGGUGUCUGGUGGAGGCAUGGACCAUGCUGAGGCAGCACUCCAACCGGCUGAACGCGGAGGAGUUGUUACGGUUCCUCUACGAGACCUGUCAGGAGCUGGGUCUCAUGAAGGAGCUGCUCAAACUGCCCCUGGGCCUCGCUGAGCAGGAGAGCUUGGAGAAGUUCCUACAGGGUACCGGGGGUCUCCACAACAGAGAGCUUCUGAUGGUGCAUUACCUGCAGCAGGCUAACUACGUCCCCGCCCUGCAGCUCAACCACACCCUCAAGAUGAACAUGGUGAAUGAGAGGGAUCCCAAGCUAAAGGAGAGAACACACACAAGGAACUCUAUCCUGGACCAGUACGGGAAAGUUCUCCCUCGGGUCCAGAGGAAGCUGGCCACUGAGAGAGCUAAGCCGUACCACCACCCCUCCACCAUCCUCAGAGAGGUGUCACGACCGCAGCCGCUGUCGACGAUCGCCAAGCGGUCGGCCAAUGAGAACGUGCUGACCAGAGCAGCGUUCAUCAACAACGUCCUGUUGAAGAUCGAGGAGGUGUGGGUGGGAGAGAACCCCGCGCCCCAGUCCUCCCCACUCAAGAGUCCCAGUGCAGCAGAGGUGCUGUGCCCCAGCCCCCGGUUCCCCUCCCGGGGUCUGCCCGAGGCCUUCGUGGGCACACCCAUCACCAUGACCUCCAAGAGGAAGUCCAGGCUGCUGGACAUGGUGGUGCACCCCUCCUCUCAGACCACCCCCCCAGAGGGCUCACGACCACUGCUGACGCCCCACAGGGUGGCCACCUCCUGGAACACCCCCAAAAGCAUCAACAAGGCCCCCGAGCUUAGUCUGCUGAAGACCCCACAGGUGAUCAAGCGAGCGCUGGCGGCGUCUGGCCCUGUGUUCUCGGCCUUCACCCCCCAAUCCAUUCUGAGGAGCAGCUUGCGCCCCACCCCCGUGGCCACCCCCACUGCCUCCCUUGGGCGCUCUGUCACCCCCCCACCGCGCCCCAAGGAGAGCCGCAUCACCUUCAUCGAGGAGAUGGCCAUGUCAGAGAGGGGCCCCCUCCGCUGGAGCAAUGGGAUCUCAACAGAGAAUGAAAUUAGUCUGCUGACCAGAGGCUCCCCACUGCCCAAGGCUGGACUGGCGGCCUGCACCUCACACCCUGCUGCUGCUGCUGAUGAUGAUGAUGAUGAGGAAGAGUUGGAGGAGGAUGAGGAGGAGGUGAAAGUGACACAUGUGAAGUUCCUCCCACCACCGGUCCGCGAGCCCUCACCAGAGAAUGGAGAGUCUGAGAGUGGCUCCUCUGUCCAAGAGGUCGUUGUAUUAACCACGUUGCCGGGCGUGUUGCCAGGACGACUCAGCCUGGGUCUGGAAACUAGCCAGGCCUCUGUCCUAUCAACAGACACCACCCUUGAGUUCCAUGAUGCACCUCUCCCUGAAGACCUGGAGAACGAAGAGGAGCUUAAACAGCUAGCCAAUGAGGUCAUAGAUGAGGAGGAAGUGGUGGUUAACCUCAAAACUCCAGCAGAAUCAGAAGUCCAGCCCCCACAGGAGGAAAUGCAGCCUGCAGCAGCCAGUGAGCCAACUCUCUUCCUGUCUGUGGAGGAAGGGCAGGAAGAGGACCAGGAAGUAAAGGAAGAGGCAGUCAACAACCAAGAGGAAGUGGCUGUAGAUCAGGAGCCAGACCAGGAAGUAGAGGAGAUGGAGGUCAGCCCCAAACAAGAAAAGCCUGAGGCUAAACAGGAUGAGGAAAUUGUAGCGGAACCAAGGCUCACACAGGAAGUAGAACUGACUCCUGACACGGAAGUGGUUGAGGAACUUAACCUUGGCCAGAAUGAGAAGCCCAACCCUGAGCCUGAGGUGGAGACUGCAGUGCUGCCAGAGGUGGUGGUGGUGGUGGAGGAGGAGACUCCUAAAGAGGAUGAAUCACAACCCACUGCACCAAUUGAACCUUUGGAACCUGUGGAAGCCAUGGAAUCAGUGGAAGCCACAGAAUCCGUAGAAGCAAUGGAACAUACAGAUCUGGACGAGUUUGUGGAGUGCCAUCUGUUUGGCAACGACCUGUCUCCGCCCCUGACCCACUCGGGCAUCCACGAGACUUCUGACAACUGGACUUCCUUCAACAGUGAGCCGGAGUGUGACGUGGCAGAGGAGGACGAGCCUGCCACUAUAGCCGGCCCCCCGGCCCUCACCACCCAGAAGUCUGUUGGGUCCGUAGCCUCGUCAGACCCCACCAGCACUGACUCCGACUCUGUGGUGAGCCUGAAUGACAGUGAGGAACUCUCUAGUGCUGUGUCGGAGGAUGAAGAAGAGGAGGAGUCAGACGCCCCUGCUGAGGACUCGGGCAGUGAGGUGGAGAUCAUCGAGGAGGUGCAGGGGAACGGGAGGCAGCGAGCCCCCCUGCCGCCCCCCUCGCUCUUCCUGGACCAGCUCCCGCCCCAACAGCCACAGCCCCAGUUCCUGCCUGACCUAUCGGAGCAGGACGCAGCCGUGCUCUCAUUGGUCACCCCAGAGGCAGACCUAAAGAUGUUGGAGGAUGACAUGGACGGGGAGGUGGUGAUGAUCAGGCUGGGGGCAGGAGGAGACGAGGGAGUGGGGGUCUGCUACACAGAGCUGAAGCCCUCCACCACCCUGCUGGUUCCUCUGGAGCUUUUGGAGGAACAGGGGCAGGCCCUGGCAGACGGAGUCCGCCUGGGGCUAACCGAGGUGGGAGAAGGCAGUGAGCCGGACGUACCCCCCUCUGAAGCCCACAGCAGCUUCGCUCUUUUACUGGAGGCUGAGGAUGGGGAUGCAGACACUGUACCAUUGGAGGUACCACUAGAACCCACUGAGCAUCUGACCGCAGAGGGAGCAUCUGACAAGCCUGCUGCCGACCCGGAGGUCAUCUGCCUGGGCACAGACGACCAGGACACCCCCCUGGCUGAGGCUGAUCCCCAGGAGGACCAGGGGGCUGAGAUGGACAACAUGGAGGCGAUCAUGAAUAGCUGGAAGGAGGCAGAGACUGGUGGAACUGAGGCCAUGUCGGAGGAGAAUGUUCCUCUAGUCACAGACGUCCUGCCUGAGUCCUCAGAGGCGGUGGCUGAAGACGAACUGACCGGGACUGAACCAACCAGAUCAGCUGGAGAUGUUGACACAGACCAUGUAGAAAAGCCAGAGCCAGAUGAGAUCCCUGCUGACUCUGAACCAGCUGAAGCAGAAGAGCCUUCACCAGUCCUGGAUGAGAACGAGCAGCCCAGCGGAGCGAGGGAGGGAACAGAAGAGGAGGAGAUGAAGGCCGACGUCGUUGAGCUGGAUGCUGAGGCAGAGAUGGAGGAGCCCGUCUCUGUCCCUGCAGACCAGCCUCUGCCUCAGGUAGAAAGCAACGGACCCAUUCAGUCAGAAAACCAUGAACCUGCCCAGGGAGAAGCCAUAAGCGAGGUGGAAGCCAUAUUUGAAGAAGAAACCACUCAAACCGCAAAGCCCUCUACUGCAAGUGGGGAGGAGAGGGAGCCUGUCAAGCCUCGCAACAUCCAGCCUGAGUCUGUGUCUGAAACAUCGGAGGUCAGGAAAGCCCCGUCCACCCCGACGGGCAGGGCCACCAUGCAGAGGAAGACGGUGAAGUUCAACUCAGUGGAGCCACAGAGGCCUGGGUCAGAGGAUGACGAGAGGCUGGCGGGGCCGACUGAGAUGGAGACAGUCUCUCAGGUCCCGGCCACACCCAGGCGGAUCACCAGGAGUGGCCGGCACGGCCAGGACUCCAGAGUUCCCGUCACCCCUCGACGGAGCGCCCGGAAAACCGAACCCCAGCCAGAACCCCAGCCUCGGAGAGAGGAGGAGAGGAAAGGAGAGGAACAGGUCUCGGUCCUCAUCACAGACGCCGCUGUGGUCAAAUCCAAGCCCACCCCGGCCAAACGCCGCACCCCACAGAAGGCCACUCCGAGGAUGGGAACCCGGCGGACCAGGAACACCCAGGUGGGGAGCGAAGAGGAACCAACAGCCAUGGAUAAAACCGCCAGCGAGGGGUCAGCGCUAUCUGUUACACGCAGCGUUAGGAAGACCCGAACUGGAACCAAGACCCCAGCCACCCAGACUCAGCCAGCGGUCCCUGAGGAGCAAGAGAACCAAAAGCAGCCCAGCAGUCCAGGCAGGGUGACCCGCAAGUCGACCCGCAGGGGCGUGACCCUCGCCCUCUUCACCCAGGAAGAGGAAGUGUUCACCGUGACCCCUCCCCGCAGCCGUAGGAAGACGAGGGUUGAAGGCACCGCUGAGAAGACGAAAGACGCCCCUGUGUCGUUCUGUCGACCAACCAGGAGCAGUCUCUGGAACCACCAGGAGGAGGACCUGCUCCUGUUGGAGACGCCACUGGAGGUGGACUCCGGAACGCCCGUGGCCGAUGCCCUCAUCCAGAGACUCCGCGACGAGGAGGCCAAACGGGAAGUGGGCGAGACCUUGGUCAUCACAGAGAUGGUGCGAGCCAAUAGAGGCACCAAGUCGCUGGGUCAGCGGGGGCCCCCUCCACCCCCGAUGGGAGAGAUGAUGGUGCCCGAGGCUGACCAGGGAAGCCCUGUCAGGGACUCGUUCAUCUACUCACCACCUCGAAGGAGAACUAGAGGUAGGAGAGCAGCGUCGCCCGGUCAGAAUGACGUGUCUGCGCCACCCGUUACUCGUACCAGGCGACCGGACGCCAGCGCAGCACACCCUGCUAACGAGGACAAGAACUCAUCAGGAGACGAUGUGGAGAUUGAGACGGCUGCUGCUAAAACCAGAACAACCAAGAGACGCACAACCAAGCCCAAAGCAGCCCCCGCUCCCCCUCCCCCAGCCAAGGUGGAUCUGAUCUCUCCCAUGCCCAGCCCGGCCGAGCGCGCCACGAGGAGGAGGAGGAGGGUGGUGGAGGAGAACGACGCCCCCCGGAUGAACCUCCGCAAACGAGUGCUGGAGGCCGUCUUCCCCAAACCCGUCACCCGCAGGAAGAAGCUAUGAUCGGAUGCCAUUUCCACCCUGAACAAACUACAGCGUCAACUUGGAAUCUUACAGAACUAAUGGGGGUGCAUCUUCUUGUCUCCUUUCCUUCAUCUGAACUGCUCUGAAAAAUAGGAUAGGGGAAAGCAGUACGGUGCCUACUGGGUAUUUCCUUUCCAAUACACAUCAAUGCAGAUGAAGGAAAGGAGACAGGGAGGAAUCCACUUUAGACUAUAGAGAUGCACCCGUGGACUGGACUCUUAUCCUUCCUGGAAGCACUAACUCUACUCUGAGGAAGUGAUUUUAUUCUCCUCUUUCUUUUAAGAACUUUUGCAGCCUGCUGUUUUAUAUUUAAGAAGAAAAACAAACAAGUGGAGAACAUUUUUUUAAAAUGAAUAAUCAGAUUUAAUUUUGGAGAUUGAUAUAGUAAUUCUAUAUAAAUUAUUAUCAUGUUUACAGGGAGGAAGACAUGUAUUUGAACACCAAAAAAGAGUCUGAUUGGUUUUUAUUUCUGGAGAAUUCGUGCAUUUCUAUAAAUUGAUGGCUAUGUAAAUGGUCUCUUUUGCUAUGUUAUGAAUAAAGUUGAAUACUUGUGAAUGAUCUGUUGAUUUUAUUUGAAGUGCAGAGCCGGCCCUAGCCACUAAGAGACCGCUAGGGGGUCCCGACCCCAAUUUUUAUUGAUAAGGGUCUCAACUUACUGGGGGUUAGUUACUCUCACUCAGAUAUUAAAUUAAUAUGGCAUAAGAGCGUUUGCUAAUGACUAACAUUUUAAUGUAAAUAAGUCAGGGCAAAAUGUGUAGAAUUGCAGGAAGUUGACUCUAAAACGUUUUAUUCUUUUUAUUUUUUUGCCGUCAAGAGGUGGGCCCCCAGAAGGCUAGGGCCGGCUCUUGUAGCUUUUCAACAAUGUUUGUCUCAUAAUCAUAUUGCCAAUGUCAGCCUUAAAAGACAAUUUUGUAAAGUUCAUUGCUUUUUUUCGAAUGAUCAAUGCACACUAAUUUGGAUUGUUUGGGGUUAUCUUCCUAUAAUGUACUGUAUCACUAACAUGUACAUAACCUGCACAGUGAAUCCACUGGGGGUGAUGAGGCUUGUUGGCUUGUUUUAAGGUCAUUUGACCAGCCAAAUGCUAUUUUCAGAUGAAUGUAGAAUGUCUUAUUUUCAAUUACUUUGACAAUAUGGUAAAGCUUAAUUAUUUCAUUAAAAAGUGGCUGAACUUACUGAUUUAGUCUCGGUUUCAAUCGUCCUCAUUAGGAAAUGCAACUGAGAACAAGAUUUGGGUCUUUGAGGCGUGCUUUGAUGUGGGUGUUCGCAUGUGGGAAGCAUUUGUACAUUCACUCUGCCAAAACAGUACACAGUUAGUCACUCACCCUGCUAGAUAACUUUAAACAGUCCAACCUGGUCUUGUCUUGAAGUAGCUUAGGCUAGCUGGCAAGCUAGACAAUUUAUUUUUGUCAAUUAGCUUCAGCAGGCGGGUGUGCAACCAUGGUUUGACUUUGGAUAGCCUAUCUGUGGGGCUAGUUGGGGACGUCAAUAUAUUACACAAUGUAAACGGGACAAUAUUUUCAUGUUGCACACUUUUAGUUCUCAUUAAAUGCUUUCAAUAUUUGUAUAUGAAUUUCUACAAUGUAUAGUUUGUUUGAGGUUUUGUCAUAAACAUUUGGAGCUAUUGAAAUGUUUAAAUAGUAUCCCAUGUACACUGUAAUUUACUGAUGGUCCCUAGCUAGCGCCAAAGGGUCAGUGUGCUGAGCAUUACAAUCGGGUUGCAUGCAGCAGCGCUCUGAAUGAAUGAUUACUUGGGUGCUGUGGGAAUGUGGGCAGAAUUGUAAAUAAACCCAACCCAAAGAA